GCUCAGCCAACCAGUGAGGACUGAUGAAGAGAAUAUCUGAGGCGAGCGUCGGCCGUCCGUCGGAUUGAUAUUGACUGCCGGCUUGCUUUUGGUCUGUUAGCUGACGACGGCUCAGCGAAUCUAACCCUUUAUCUGUCUCUCCCUCCCUUCGUCCCCACCAUACAAAUAAACCUUGAAGAAAAGCCUAACUGAAAGGCCCACUCGUUAUAAUGAAGACAACAUUUUCUCUACUAAUCCCUCUUCCUCACACUUUCCCCUUUUCCGUAGCAGACCAGCCCUCUCAAAUCUCCUCCUACCCUCCAUCUUCCUCUCCUUCUACCUUUUAGCUAUCCUACUUUCCAUCACCACUUACCCUUUCCCACUCUCUUCUUCUUCUACUUCUCUGCAUCUGGGUUUCUCUGUUCGAAAUGAAGAAACUUGUUUUGAAACUGGACUUACAUGAUGAUAAAGACAAGAAGAAGGCUUUGAAGGCAGUCUCCAGUCUUCAAGGAAUUGAUAUGAUUGCCAUGGACAUGAAGGAAAGAAAACUUACAGUAGUGGGAUCUGUGGAUCCCAUUGAUGUGGUGAGCAAACUAAGGAAGUUUUGGCACACCGAAAUCCUUUCAGUUGGGCCUGCAAAAGAGCCUGAGAAGAAGGAAGACGCGAAGAAGGAAGAAGCGAAAAAGGAGGAACCAAAGAAGGAGGAGCCUAAGAAGGGAGAAGCAAAGAAGGAGGAAGCAGAGAAGAAGAAGAAGGAAGAACCAAAGAAGGAAGAGAUCAGUCCUCAUGACCAGAUGAUCAUGGAACUUGUGAAGGCUUACAAGUCUUACAAUCCUCAGAUGACCACUCACUAUUAUGUGCACAGUGCAGAGGAGAAUCCAAAUGCUUGCGUUAUUUGCUAGUGAAGUUUCUGCGUGUCUGAGAGGUUUUAUGUAUAGUGUUUAGUAAAUAAGCAUUAAUGAGAAAUUGAUGUUGGAUAUGAUAGAGUGAUUAGAUUUUUUUGAUAAUCUAUCUCUCUGUUUAUUGUUUGUGUUUCAGAAGAAGCUGCUUUGAGGCUAUGUGUUGUUUGCAACUUCGAUCAUAUUUUUGA